CAAUCCCAUGAUCAACAACGGGAUGUGCGAGACGCCGUCGGGUGAUUAUCGUCCAGAGGGCGCAUUGCACGUUCUGUUUGUUCCUAAAGAGCCGCCUAGGAACUCAUAGUUUUGAUAUCUGACAUGCACAUCAAAUUGCCAUUUGCAACGCAGGACCAAAACUCUGCUGUGUCCGAGUUUUGACUUUUGAGCUCUGACCGUCCGACUGAGUCUGAAGAGAGUUGGGAUGGUCAUGGUCCUAAGUGCUUCUGUCCAUGGCCAACGCCGGCUGCUGGGCCUGUUGGUGCUGAAAAAUGCCCAAUUGACCCGCCAGAGCAGCAUUGCGAGCUUCUGUGCAGCUGUUCGGAGCUACUCGAGCGAGCAUGCCCACCAUGAUGCGCGCAUCGAGAACGUCCGAAACAUUGGCAUCAUUGCCCACGUCGAUGCGGGCAAGACGACAACCACAGAGCGUAUGCUCUACUACAGCGGGCAGACCCGCCAUUUAGGAAAUGUCGACCAUGGUAACACCACCACCGACUUCCUCCCCAUGGAGCGGGAGCGGGGCAUCACCAUCCAGUCGGCUGCCAUCACGUUCCAGUGGCCGCCCAAGUCGCUGUGCCCUCCCGGCGUUGAGCCAAAGACGAUAAAUCUGAUCGACACGCCGGGGCACCAAGACUUCCGCUACGAAGUCGACCGCUGUCUGCCUAUCCUUGACGGCGCCGUGUGUAUUCUCGACUCGGUCAAGGGCGUUGAAACGCACACAGAGCGUGUCUGGGAGUCAGCACAGCUCUCCAAGAUACCCCGCCUGCUCUUCGUCAACAAGUUGGACCGCGAUGGCGCGAGCUUCCGCCGCUCCGUCCAAGAGGUCGCAACGCGCCUCAGGACCUGGCCACUGCUAUGCCAGAUUCCCUGGUGGCGCAAGGACGAAUUUGUUGGCGUCAUUGAUGUCAUCUACGGAGUCUGUUUGAAGUUCUCCAGCAGCGGCGAGAUGACUGUCAUUCGCAAGGAGAGCAUCUCCAACGAGAACCCAGCGUUGCUAGCCGAGAUAGAGACGGCCCGCCUGCGUUUGGUCGAGACAUUGUCGGAACACGACGACCAGAUCAUGGAAGAAUUCCUUGAACUGGAGAAGGACGUGCCCUCGGCGUCAAUCAAGCGCGCCAUCCGGCGGCUGGUUAUGGAUGGCGAGGCCAAGUUUACGCCCGUAUUCGCCGGCGCUAGUCUACGGAACAUCGGCGUCCAGCCCCUUCUUGAUGCUGUCGUUGACUACCUCCCGAGCCCGACAGAUAGGCCCGAGCUGAAAGUCAUGGUUGGGUCCAAAGCAUUACCCAUGUCCGAGCUCCUUGAGCAACAAAGCAAAUCGGAGGGCAGGCACAAUAAAGCUCAGGGUCACCACCAGCAUAAUUCGCCUGUUGCGGCGCUUGCCCAUGUUUUCAAGGUUGUCGACGAUCCCCGUCGCGGCAUGCUGAGCUGGGUACGCCUUUACCAUGGGGCCCUCAGCAGAAGCAGCCACAUGUGGAAUACCAAGAUGCACUGUUUCGAGAAAGCUCAACACAUUCUGCACGUCUCAGCGAAAGAUCAUCACGAGAUUCAGCACCUGCCCACUGGGCACAUUGGUGCCUUGACAAACCUCAAGUCCGCCCGUACCGGCGACACGCUGAUUACGUUCCCCGGCCACUCGGGACAAACUGCCCCUGAGGCUUUGCGGAACGUCCGCAUCAAGGCGCCCGAGACGCCCCCCGCGGUCGCCUUCAUCGCCAUUGAACCAUACACCAAGACGGCGAGUGAUAAGCUCGAAGACGCACUCAAGAAGCUCACACGGGAGGACCCCAGCAUCCGGUGGAGCAAGAACGACAAGACGGGACAGCUGAUCCUGUCGGGUAUGGGCCUCCUACACCUCGAGAUUGCACAGGACCGGCUCCUGCGGCACUACAAGAUUGAACGUGAGUCGGCCAUAUGGGGCAACAUUGAAGUCGAAUACUCCGAGUGCGCGCUGGCACCAACUGGUCCGCACCGCGCCGUUUACGACCGUGUCCUGCGCGACAGGGCCGGCAGGGCGGCCUGCACGGCCAGCAUAGAGCCCCUGCAGGCGCACCACCACGAUUCCCUCCUCGAAUCCAGCAUUGAGCGCGACGGGAACAUCAUCCACAUCGCGCUUCCCCUCCCAGAGGACUCAAAGACCCUACCGUUCGACCCGGAAACGGUCCGCCAGCAGCUCCUCAACGGCGCCAUUGCAGGCCUCGCCCGCGGGCCGCGCCGCAACUGUCCCGUUCGCCGCUGCCACGUGCACAUCACGUUCGACUCGGCAACCGACUUCUUCGGCGCCAACUCAUCGACGGGAGGGCACAUCACCAACGCGGCCCUCCUCGCGGUCCGCAACGCGCUCAAGGCCGCCCACGGCAAGGGCCAGAUGGGUAUUCUCGAGCCUUUCACGCAUGUGCGGAUCCACUGCCCGGAAGAGGUUGGCCACGCGAUCCAACACGACCUAGCCUCGGUUCGAGGCGGGCAUGUCAUGGAAGUGCGCAAGCCCGAGUCUUUUGACGAGGACGAGUCCCUGGACGGAAGUAGUGGCGCCGGACCACCCAUUGACGUUUCAAAGGUAUACGUGCCGCCGGACCCGUACGAAUCGGUGCAGAGCCUGCGGGACCCAAAGAAGGCGGUCGUGAGGAUGCUGACGAUUGUCGGCAAGGCGCCGCUGCGCGAUAUGAUGACGUACGAUGGGCAACUACGCAGCAUGACUGGGGGCAGGCACACGCUGCAGUUGGAUCCGGGCGGUUUCGAGCUGGUCACGGGAGCGAGGGAGAGGGCUUUGGAUGGGGCGCUGUAGCUUAGCUUUCCUUCCUUCCUAAAGUACCCGGCUAGGCAUUGGAUAUGGUACAUACAUAGCCUGUGUGCGCACAUGUGUGUCUGUCUGUGUCGUACUGUGUAGUACCACCCGUGCCUCGAACAUUAUGUUGUCUCUGGAUGAAACCCACUCGUCUAUGGCGCUGCAACGGAGUUCAGAUUUCCGCCCCGAAGAUGUCUGGUUGGUGUGUACGUGCCGCUAUCCCCACCCCCAGGUUAUCGCUGUGGUCUAAUAUCUGCACGUACCCCAUGAUUUGACGCUUCAUGCGGCGAUGCAGAACGGAUAGAGUAGCCGAGACCCCCGCCCCAUACACAGUAAAGCGGGGGCACUUCGGUACUUCGGUACUUCUAUUCCCACUUCCCCCGGCCUGCGCCCCCCAUCACUGUCCCGUGUGACCCCCACCAGUUCCGCUCUGUCCCAAACGGCCGGGCUUGACGAUUUGCCGAAUUAGGUGCAGGC